AUGGCCAAACACAUAACCCUGAUGCUGCGGGCGCUGCUCGCAGCACUGGCCGGAUCCCUGCGGCAGCCUGCGCGCCGCGCAAUGGCGUCACGCCGCGCACUGCUCGCCGGCGCGCCCGCGCUUGUCGUCCCCGGCGCGGCGCUUGCGGACCCGUCGCUCCUCUCGACGGUGCAGGGCCCGCUGCAGGACGCCAUCGCGCCGGGCCACUGGCUCGGCCAGUUCGUCGGGCUGAACAGCCGGACGGAGCGGUGGGAGUUCGCCGGGAGCCCCGCGGAGGUGUCCGCCGCGCUCGUCGCGGUCCUGGACGAGCUCACGCCGGAGCGGCGCGCGAAGCUGCUCAUCCCCGAGUUCCGCGUGGCGCGGGCCGACGCCGGCGGCGUCCACGUCCUCACGUGGACGAAGGCCGAGUGGCUCGACAGCCUCGACGUGCGGCUCGAGCCCCGCCGCGCCGGCACCGCGGCCACGGCGAGCUUCUACGCGACGGGGUUCUUCCCCACGUCCCUGCCGCUCGCGCCGCUCCUGAACGUCGGGAUGGCCUGGCUCCCCUUCGCGUCGCCGGGCCCCCGCAACGAGAUGCUCCAGGCGUUCCGGCUGCGCGCGCUGAAGGGGCUCCUCGACAAGAAGCUCGCGAAUGUGUAA